AUGACGAAGCCGAUCUUUGUGGCUACGCACCCGCGAGCAUGCUCGACGGCCUUUGAGCGGGUCUUCAUGACUCAACGUGACACGAUUCAAUGUGUUCACGAGCCAUUCGGCGACGCAUUCUACUACGGCCCGGAGCGCCUCUCCAGCCGAUUCUCAGGGGAUGAACAAGCUCGUCUCGACAGUGGAUUCGCCAACUCUACAUAUAGUACCGUGAUGGAUAGACUUGAGCGGGAAGCUACACAGGGAAAGAGAAUUUUCAUCAAAGACAUCGACCACUACCUGCUUCCACCAAGUGGUAAGCCCGCCAGUCCGGCUCCUUCGCUCCUGCGCGUGAAGCGCGGCGUCGGGACCAACGGCGAACACGCCAACGGUGUCAACGGUCACACCAACGGCCACACCAACGGCGUGAACGGAGCCGCAAACGGUGUAAACGGUCACUCCAACGGUGUGAACGGUGAUGAAGCCAACGGCCAUACCAAUGGCCACACCAACGGUGUCCACAAGGAACCGUACCCGUAUGAUACUACCCCCGAGCCGGGCAACCCAACCGUGAUGCCCCGCGAGAUCCAAGAGCAAUUCCACUGGGCCUUCUUGAUCCGUGACCCGCACUACAGCGUGCCGUCGUACCUGCGUUGCACGAUCCCACCUCUGGACGACGUGACCGGGUUCCGCAACUACGACCCCACGGAGGCCGGGUACGACGAGCUGCGUCGACACUUCGAUUUCCUGCGUGAGACCGGCCUUGUCGGACCGCGUGUGGCGACUCGUCCGGAGCUGUCAGGGUCCAAUGAGAAGACCGACUCUGGUGUUGAGAUCUGCGUCAUUGAUGCGGAUGAUAUGCUUGAUGAGCCGGCGAAGACUAUGGAGGCUUUCUGUAAGAGUGUUGAUUUGCCGUAUAAUCCUGAGAUGUUGCUCUGGGAUACCGAGGAGGAUCACGCUGUUGCUAGGAAUGCGUUUGAGAAGUGGCGUGGGUUCCACAAUGAUGCUAUUGAGUCGAAGGCUUUGGAGCAACGCGUUCAUAAACGCGCGGUCAAGACUGAGGAGCAGUUUGAUGCCGAGUGGAAGAAGAAGUAUGGUGAGGAGCAUGCCGCUCUCAUUCGCAAGACUGUUGACGACAACAUGGCCGAUUACUUGUAUCUCAAGUCAUUCGCUGUGAAGGUUUGA